AUGUCCAACAACGACAACAACAACAACAAGUCGUCCCAAGAAAUCAGGGAACGUCAGGAAGAAAUGCAAGUAUUGACUCGAUUCAAAGAUGUGAUUACCAAUAAGCUAGAAAAAAUGACCAAUGAAACAGAAGACAAGCAAAAGGUAUACAAGAUGGGAGAGCAUGAAAAGAAAGUCAUGAUGGAAAUGCAAGGCAUGGGACUCUUCGAAGGAAUUGUGGCGGGUGCUGCCACCUUUUUGUUCCUGAGACGUGGUCCCAUUUGGAUUGGACGAUUCAUUGCCAAGAGAAGAGGAGGUGGCGGAGGUGGAGGAGGAAGUACAGGUACCACUACCAACCCCAACGUGUCCAAGAAUCCCUUUGACAAUGCGGCCAAAAGCAACAAUAGCAACCCCAUGAAUACUACAACCAACAGUAGUGGCGGAUAUCAAUUGUCCAAUCCAUUUGCUGCCAACAACAACGCCGCCGCCGCCGCCAAUAAUCUCAAUUUUCCUCGAUCUCGGAAUCCAAUCAUUCGUGCCAUUUGGUUUACCUUUGAUGCCACCCUCAGUCUCAUGAUGGCCGCCAACAUUUCGUUGCAAUACACGGAUCUCAAACGGAUUCGCAACGAUUUGGUCGAACUGCCAUUGGCCGAAGGAACCUCCUUGGUGUCGGAUGCCUUUUGCGAAGAUUUGACCCGCGCAUUGCAAAAGGUGCAACGGGAAAACUCCCCCGCCUAUCAACGGCUCGUGGCCAAAUAUCAAGACGGCUCGUCCAAGGAACUUUCUCCCUUGGCUUUAUACAUGGAAGGGAUUACACUCUUUAGUCACAAUUGCGAACGUCGGGCGUUUCGUCAACGAGAAUUGCUCCAAGAGCAGGGAAAUGCGACUGACUUUUCAGACUUUGAUGAUAAUAAUGAUGUUGAUGUUGACAACAACAACAACAACAACAAUGAUAACAAUACCACCACCGCCAGUGACAGCAGCACUAGUCUGUCAUUGGAUGUUGGUGGUGGAUCAUCAUCCUCCAUUAUUACCUCCUCUCAGGGGUCCAUUCCAAUUCCUCCACCUGGUAUUUCCAAAGAUGGACCACGAUUGGUACGAUCCCUUCCGGCAGAAGGCACCGACUCGAGCAUGGUAAUGGGAAAAGAAGAAGAAGAAGAAGAAGAAUUCACGGUUGUAUUUGGAGACGACAGUGACAGCAACAAUUGGGAAAGAUCAUAA